ACAACUGUCAGAUCCUGGAGAGCGGACGGGUAGUUACGACAGUAUACAUGGUAUAGGAAGUUGCCUUUCACUUUCUUCAACAUUAGAAAGAGUCCGUCCGAGAAAAACCCACGGGAUAUUGUCAUCAUGAAUUCUACUUCAGGUAUUCCCACUCUGUACACGACUAUGGACUAUUCAUCGAAUAAUUUGAUUUCAUCUGGGAAAGAGUUCGAGACGAGUGACGACGUGACAGCCGUUACUCUUACCUAUUACAUUCUUGUGUUGAUUCUUGGAAUUCCUGCUAAUACUGUCAUCAUCCAAUCUAUUGCGUGGAAGAAGCGGAAGACGAGCACAGACAUCUUUAUCCUAGUUCAAGCCAUUGUCGACUUCGUCGCUUGCAUCUUCUCCCCUGCAUUUAUCAUCCGGGCUGCAUUUCCAGAGCUGAGGAGCAACGGUUUGUGUAAAGUAGCAUCACUUGCCGAAAAUUCAACCGCAUUUGCCUCAAUAUUCCUGACCACUGUAAUCAGCAUCGACCGUUACAUAGCUGUAUGUCGUCCGUUAAGGCGACGAAUGACUGUACGAAUGUCCAUUUUAAUUGCGAUCCUAUGUACGGUUAUCCCAACCAUUGGUAACAUACCAGUUUCUAUCUUUACUGAUGCUAAGUACGUCAAAGCCAUCAGACAGGGUUUCUGCUCCGUUAAAGUCUCACUCCUCUUGGUUACAACAAUUACAGUGUUGGUGUUGUUUCUUAUGUCGCUCAUGAUAAAUACUGUUCUUUACACCCUGGUCUACAUGGCCUUACGAAAGAGGGUAAAGAUUCAUGCCGAUCUAACGAGAAAUGAUGCCGUUGCUGUCGCCACGAUUAGUUCGCGAUCAUGCAACUGCAAUGGCAUUGGUAAUGUGCAAGAAUUCAACUCAAGGGAAACCCAUACAGCUCUGGUAGAAGGAAACGAUAGAGACGGAACAUCAGUUGAUGGUAAGGAGAGCAAGUUUGGAGCGAAUCAUAUUUCCUUAGGCCUACACUCUAGGAGAUCAGGAUGUUCAAAGACCACUGUCUUGCCUUCGGUCUCCUGCUUAAAUACCACUGAUACGGAUUCAUCUCUGGAAAGUACAUUUUCUCGUCCGCCAAAGGAAAGUCGAAGAAAACCCCUUCAUUCGGCAACAUCAUCUCCAAAAUCGAAUCGUUUGAAACACGGAAGUAUGAACCGAAUCAAGAAUUUAAAAAAUAAGAAAGAUAGCGAUUAUGGACGAAAGACGACCCGGAUGCUCCUUAUCAUAACGAUAUACUUUUUCGUAACGUGGACUCCAAAGAUUGUAUUUCCCAUGAUUCCGCUCUCCGUUAUCCAAAUGAGUAGUCAUAUUCGGGGAUAUUUUGCACUCAUCCAGAUCCUCUACAAUCUUAGACUAACCAACCACGUCAUCAACUUCUUCGUCUACUAUUUGGUCAGCACAACUUUCAGAAGAGACGUAAAAGGGUCGUUUAGAAAAUACAGAUGCAGCAAGUAAUUGGUCAUGAUAGGAGAUAAUCUAUAUGUAUGAAUGUGAUAUUAAUAAAUCAAUAAAAUUAUUUAAAAAAAAAUCGUUGUUGGUAAACGCAUCUUCCUACAGAAACAUAAUUUACAAACCAUAGA